AUGGAUUACCAGAAGAGGCUUGUGACUUGGUGUGAGCUGGAGGGGGCUGACCCUGAACGCCACUUCCUGCUCACGAAUGUACCCACUGAAUGGGACAUCAGAAAAAUUGAAGAGGAGAUUGCUAAUGUUAGAGAAUGGGGAACCUGUGUGGUUCGGAGUCAGAUGCAAGCAAAAGGGGAAGCUACUUUAUCCCUUCUUGUAGAGAGCAAGAUUAUACUGUCUACUGUGGUGACUCCCCAUGUAAUUCUGCCAGAUGGAGAGAAGGAUGGAUGGAAGGUGACCAUACAAGCACAAUCACAUUUUCCCUCCCCACCUGCCCCACCAUCUGAACCUAUCAAUUUUCAGUCCAAAUUGAGAGACUUUCUUAGGCAGGAAGGGAAGACCAUGAGUGACUUAAGGACUCUUUUGGGAAGUAGUCCUGUACCUCCCUCCAGUUCUACGGACCAAAUAAUUUUUGCUAUGGGACAAGCAAUAGGGGAGUCCAUAAAGACAGCAUAUGAAUCGGGUCCUUACAGAAAGCUGAAGUACUUUUCAGGUAUUAAACCAGUGCCUGUAGGGGAAGAUGACUAUGACACUUGGAGGCAUCAACUAAAUCAGGUGAUGCAGGAAUGGCAAUGUAGUGAGGCUGAAAAGAGGAAACGUGUUGCAGAAAGCCUGCGAGGACCUGCAGGGAAUGUAAUAUGUGCAUUAAAGGCCAGCAAGCCGGUUGCCACUGUUGAUGACUAUCUCUCGGCCAUGGAGGAUGCCUUUGGGAGCCUAGAGACAGGGGAAGACCUCUACUUUCAAUUUCGUUCCUGUUACCAACAGCCAGGUGAAAAACUAUCUUCCUAUCUUCACAGAUUGGAACCGUCCCUUCAGCUGUGCAUCCGCCGUAAAGGCAUUGAGAGGAGCAAGGAACACCGAGUACGACUAGAACAGGUCAUACGAGGUGCCAUUUAUGAUGACUUUCUAAUUAUGAAAUUGAAACUUGUAGACCGCUUGGACAGUCCUCCUGAAUUCCAUCAAUUGCUGCGAGAAGUCCGGGAGGAGGAGGAAAAGAGAACUGUUAGAGAAAGGAAUAAGAUCUCAGUGAGCAGGACCGUUGCUCCUAACCAACUGAAGGAAGAUCCUUGUCUGUCCACCACUGAGGACCUCCAUCAACAGCUUAAAACCCUGACAGCACAGCUUACGGAAUUGAUGACGAGUAAGAUGCCUCGGGGAUCACUUAGCGAAAUUCUUCCACCAACUUUGAUGGCAAGAAAGUGCCCUCCUUUUCGCCCAGGAAGAGGAGACCCCAACAGAGAACCUGUAAAGAAAACCUUGGCAACCCUCCCAAGGAACAAGAGAUUCUGCUACCGAUGUGGUGAGGAUGGGCACAUUUCCACCCAGUGUGACAACUCAAGGAAUGAAGAGAAGGUAGCACAACGAAAAAGGGAGCUACAGGGAAACUCCCAAGGGUCCCAGUAA